AUGUCACGAUAUAUAUUAGCCCUCGUUCUGAUCACCUGUAUCUCAGCUGGGGCUAUACCGGUGCGAAAGACCCUAAACUUCAAUAUGUUCUUGCUAAAACCUCAACCGAGCGAGAUCGAUCGUUCUAUCCUUGCCACGGAGGGUUUAUCACGCUUUGGACCUGUCCUAGAAUACAUAGUACAACGAAUGCAAGGCUUAAUGUCAGUUAGACCACCGCCAGACUCCGGUUACUACAUAAAACCAGAGGUCUCCCUACCUGAUGCAGCGGAAAACGAAAUUGCAUCCAAGUCCGCGACGCCGGGAGCUCCGAAGGUCAUUGUGAGACCGUCGCAGACGAAACCAGGGACAUACGAUGUCAAAAUCGACCUUGUGGUAGAUGAAGAGCCAGAAAGACUUAGUUAA